CCAACAGGGUUGAAACUUCCUCGUAGAUUCUGCCGUGAAGUCUAACGGCCACAGCCUUUUUUCUAACGUCGGCCUCGUAAAAAAUCCUUACUCCGUCAACCUUCCAAAACACGCGCCAUAUGUUGUUGCAAUAACGGCUCAUAUUCAAAGACACGGGAAAGUACUUCAACAUUAAACAGAAGCAACCUCUUUCUUUCUCUCUUCUUUCUCUCAUGUUUCUCAAAACCUCCUAUAUUUAACUCUGUACUCUUUCUCCUUCUCAACUCAAACAUUAAUUCCCACUCAUACUAACAUAUUACGAUGUCAAGAACUGUAGAGAUGACAAUUUUGUCCGCAGAAAACCUCCAAAUGAAUAGAAAAUCCAUUAGAGGAAGCACAUUUGUGACGGUUCAAUCCGACACUAGCAGCGACACAAGUGCUGCUACCAAAGUGGAUUCAGAGGGUGGAAGUUACCCUUCGUGGAAUGAGAAGGUUGUGAUGGACGUGCCAUUGCAUGCAAGGUUCAUAACCGUUGAAGUGAAGUGCAAAACGUCAUCAUCAGGGUCUAACAGUGUUGGCGUGGCACAAAUUCCGGUUUCUGAUUUCAUUGGAGGGUAUAUGCCCGAAAACCAAUUGCAUUUCUUGAGCUAUAGGUUGUGGGACGGCAAAGUUAGGAGAAAUGGGGUUAUAAACAUUUCGGUGAGGGUGAAAGUGGCUGAACAUUCUUCUUGUAAUUUGAAUUCUAUGUCAUUGUCAGCGGUAACUGGGGUGCCGGUGGCCGGUAAUGGCCCCACUGGAGUUGUCACAGGGAUUCCAGCUGUUUGGUUAAACUACCAAAGAAAUCUUUGAAACUAUCAACUAGCCCAAAAUUAUUUCAACAGCAUUAGUCUCAAGUUUGAGUCAAACGUAUAUAGCUGCAUUUAUCGCUCACAGUGGUCUUAUCUGGCAUGAUUAGGAUUAUCUACAGUGAAAGACACUAGUAAUCUGUACCCAAAAAAAAGAAAUAUUUGAAGGGUUUGGUUUGUUAUGUACUGAAAAAAGAAAGCAUUAUUCAUUGCUUUUCCUUCUCGACUUGCUGUAGAAAAACUGUGACAAACAGCAUGAAGGCUGAAGAGGGAUUCAGAAAAAAAGUAAAAUAAAUGUUGAGCAAAUAUCUGGCAAACUAUUGGCUCAAUUACGACUUAUGAGUUUUCCAGUAGUAUAUAUGUACAGUGAAGAUAUGAAAAGAAAUUGCUAAGUGUUUUUGGAUUAA